AUGAGCCCAACAGAGCAAAGAGAAAACUGGUUCAAGGUCACUGCAUACCCUCCACCCAAGGAAACUCAUGAGGAUUGUGGAUACAGUGCUGCUGAUAUUGUUUUUAUUCUGGACUCCAGUGGAAGUGUUGGGUCAAAGAAUUUCGAAAAGACUAAGGAAUUUUUCAAGGCAAUGGUAGAUGGAUUUCAAAUUGGUUCUAAAACCGUUAGAAUAGGUGCUGUGCCAUUCAGUACUGUUGUACAUAACACAUUUCAACUUACGUCAUUUUAUUCUAAAUCUGCUCUCAAGUCUCAUAUUUCUGACAUCCCUUAUGAGAGUGGUGGUACAAACACUGCUGAUGCUAUCGAGUAUGCUCGAACUACAAGCUUUGGGUCGUAUGGCAGAAACGAUACUUCUAAAAUAGCAGUCAUCAUAACUGACGGAAAGUCGAAUGACAAAUCAAACACUUUGUCUGAAGCCCAAUUAUUACGCAACAAUGGCGUCAUCAUCUUCUCUGUCGGUGUUGGUGGCGGUGUUGAUACGUCUGAACUUCAGGGAAUGGCAACAAAAACGAGUUAUGUGUUUGAUGUGUCUACUUUUAGUACUUUGAAUUCAAUUCGAGAUAAAUUAGCACGAACAACAUGCGAAGUUAUCACCACCUGUGAUUAUCCUGGCACUCCUAAUAACGGUAAACUUCAUGGGAGUGACUUUUCCCAAGGUGAAUCUGUGACCUAUAGCUGUGAGACGGGGUAUAAACUCGAUGGCAAUCAGAAGAGGACGUGUCAAAGUGGGAAAGUUUGGUCCGGAAGUCUCCCGUCAUGUAUUUCUGAUACUUCCUGUGGCAAUCCCGGUACACCUAGUAAUGGUCACCUUCAUGGGAGUGACUUUUCCAAAGGUGAUACUGUGACCUACAGCUGUGAGAUUGGCUAUCAGCUCCUUGGCGAUCAACAGAGGACGUGUCAAAGGGAUCCAAGGAAUAUACAUGUAGUUUGGUCUGGAACGCUCCCAUCAUGCAUGUAGUCAAAUGACAACCGC